UUCAUUUCGCAACACAAUUCAGCUUCGAGCCUCUGCAAACACCCCUCACCAAAACGACGUCGUUAAUGGAGACGAUCGUCUCAAAUUCGAUGCCUAUCUCUGUCUCAUCCCUCCCUCCGGUUCGUGUAGUUGCCUCCCCAAGAAAACUAGAGUUCAGCUCAUUCACGCCUAAAACGACGUUGUUCGGGUCGCGGAGUCAGAGGAAGAUAGGGUUCCGAUGCUCUCCGGUGCGCAGAGCUGCGGUGACGUGCGGCGGCGUCACGGAGAUCAAGGAGAGCCAGUUCUCUGACGUCGUUUUGAAGGCUGAUGGGCCAGUUCUCGUAGAGUUCGUCGCCACUUGGUGCGGUCCCUGCCGGUUGAUCUCUCCGGCUAUGGAAGCGAUUGCUCAGGAAUACGGGGACAGAUUAACAGUUGUAAAGAUCGAUCAUGAUGCAAACCCGCAACUAAUUGAAGAGUACAAAGUCUAUGGAUUGCCAACUCUGAUACUCUUCAAGAAUGGACAGGAGGUUCCAGAAAGCAGGAGGGAAGGUGCAAUCACAAAAGGCAAGCUCAAAGAGUACGUGGAUGCUCUUUUGGAGUCGAUAUCAGUGGCAUAGUCCUCUUUUGGAUUGCAGAAAAUUUGCUGGGUAAUUAUCUCCUUCUUCUGUAUACUAAUUCUUAUCCCAUUUCAUUUGUAUAGUAUAUAUUGCUGUAAACAACGAAAA